CAACACCACGCCAACAUCCUGAGAUAUUUCAACUUGCAACUCGCGCGAUGUUUAGUCUUUCGAUCAUCUGCUCAACCUCAUCAUCAACUGUUUUCCACUACAGGUAACGUGCAGCAAUGGAUUUUGGACGUCUACAUAUAGCUACCCAGGAAUACGCUAAACACGGUCUAUGGUCUUUCGCCGCCAACAUGUCGAUCAGCCUGAGCCUGCGAUCUUCUUCAGACUGUGCUGGACCAGUGCGAGAUGGUUCGAUAUGUUUGCACAGCCCACUGGGAUCGGAUUUGUGCUUGCCAUUUGAAUAUGAGCAAGCGCUCCGCUAUCAGUCAGCGCGGUGCCCUACUUCUCUAUGCUAAUGAUGUUAAGACGAAAGAUCGAUACACAGGACGACGCCUCUCGUACCUAUCCAUCUGCCUUCGCCUCACAACUAUAAGCCUUCCAAUGACACAUGCACCUCCGAAUGACAGAGAGCUUGCCAAACUCAACAAAUGGAUCGACCGCCAUGUCAACUUCGACUACUUACAGCACAGGCAUCGCAUUGGAGACCUUCUCCACACCCAGAUGAUAGCACGCUCCGUCGUCGAAUUUCUCUUUCUCUGUCGUAAGGGUGAGCGAUUAACAUGUAGGGAAGGAUCACUGACUACCUCCCCAGGUGUACUGUCAAUCUAUGCUCAGACAAAGGCGCUACAUGGGCUUGCUGAACCAGGUUUGUCACUGAAUACGGACUCGCUCAACAUCACUCGUGGAACCAUCGACAAAAGGAUUUUCGUGGGCAUAACCACAAACAAUGGCAGGCAAGUUGUCCUGCGAGGUGGUUGCGCAGAAACCUGCGCCGAAGCUACGGUGCUCUUCAUUGAAGCGCUCCUCGAUACCAGUACGAGGUACCAGACCGAACUGUUGAAACAGGUGGAAGAGAACGGCGAGCUGGGGGGCAAAGACCGUCAUGCAGAAGGCGGUGGCAGUAGCAUUUUUGAGGCUUGAUAGUAAGGCUUUCCUUCAUGAUUGCGUUUGUCACUGUCAAACCAUUUCAUAUUCAAGUCCUUCAUGGCGACGUCAAGUCUCUGGGCUCCAGACGACGGAUACUGGUUUCACCUUAUGUUGCUCAUUUCACCAAAAACCUCUCUAAUAUUAUUGCAGUCAGCGUGCAGACCAAUCUAAG